UAUGUAUAUAUAGAUAGCUCUCUGCUGGACAGCUGGAAACGCUUCGAACGGUGGCGGGGGUGAUUUGCAAAUUCGUUUUUUUUUUUACGUUAUUUAUUACUCAUCCAGCGAGUAUGCAGUCAUCGAAAGAUCUGUAAAACAAAAAAGCAGCCAGGUCAAUUUUGUGCUCGUUGCAUAUUUUGCACAUAUUUUAUUCCAUGCUGCUGACAUCUGUGCAAAAUUUGUUGUGGCCAACAAAUAAAAAGUGAAUGCGCGAUUUCAAUCCAACAAAUCCCAACUGUGUGUGCGCGUGUGUGUGUGGGUGUGCGUGUAUAUUUAUAUAGUACCACAAAGUGAAGCAGCGACUGUGGUUGCCCCACAUAUUGUUGCUGUUGUUGUUUUGGAUAUAAUUGCAACGGCAGCUGGUAAGCGGACAAGUUGAUGCCCGGCUUCCACAUCAAUGAAAUGGGCGAAAUGGUCUUGGACGCCAUCGAUGACAUCGGCGUUGUCGAUGUCUACGAUCUGGCAUCGGAUAUUGGCAAGGAAUAUGAACGGAUUAUGGAUCGCUAUGGCACCGAUGCGGUAAGCGGCCUAAUGCCAAAGAUAAUUAAUACGCUGGAGCUGCUCGAGGCGCUGGCCACGAAGAACGAGCGUGAGAACACAACAAUUCAGGAAUUGCGUGAGAAAAUUGCCCAGCUGGAGAGCGAGAAGCUGGAGAAGGCUGAGUUUCGGCGACGCUUUGAAAAGGAAUUGGAACUGAUUGAGGAGCAGUGGCGGAGCGAGACAAAUGAGCUUGUCGAUUUGGUCUCCUCGUUGCAGGACGAGAACAAGCGACUGGUGAAGCAGACCCAAGAUCUGCAAUCAUCAUCCGCACAAAGUUCCGGUUUGGGUGCCAGCCUAACCGAGAGCAUCAUCAGCAUGACGAACAAUGAGCUGCAUAGCGCACUCAGCGACACACAGGUGUUGCAGCGGCUCAAGGAGCAGAUCUACAAGCAGCGCGACGAGCUGAAGCAGCGUGAACGCGAACUCCAGGACAAGUACAGCGAGCUGGAGCAUGUCAACAUUCAGGCGGAACGAUUGAAGGCAUCGGAGCGAGACACGCGUCGGCGGCAUAAACUGAUGCAGACACAGGUGAAGACGCUGUGCGAGGAGCGUGCCGAUUUUUUGGCCCAGCUGCAGGACCAGUGUCGUGAGAUUAAUCAGCUGCGCAAGCGUUUGGGCCUCGCCGAAAAGGAGAACGAGGAUCUGGUGCAGUCCUACGAUGACGAUCAAAACGAUCCAAAUCGACCGCGCUAUACCACCCGCGAGCUCAAGGAGCUGAUCAGCGAGCGUGACGAGCUGCUCACCACCAUUGACAGCCUCAACGAGCAGCUGGCCGAGCUGAAGCCGGCACCAAGUGCCAAACGAACGCGUCAAAUAUCCAGCUCCGAUGACAGCGACGACGACGAUGAUGAUGAUGACAACGAGGCCGACGAUGGUGUUGAGGCUGAUGUCGAUGAUGAUGUUGCAGGCGAAUCGCCACCUGGACACGAUGCGCCCGUGCAGGGACCGUUGCCGUAUGAGCCAGACGAUGCGCCCUGGAAGAAGAGCUCCGAGUCCGGCAUACGCAAGUUCUUCCGUAAGCUGUUCUCGGAUCAAUCGGAUGGCAGCAACACAUUCCCGAAACGUUCCUUGGCGACGCUCUCGAAGAUGGCGCUCUCGGCCACGCCCGGCAGCGGCACCGAGCCGAAGUAAAUGCCUUUUUAGCCUAAGCGUCAAGUGCAUUCAAAUUUUAAAUUGUGGUUUGAUUUUGAUUAUGUAUUAUUUUUCGUUUCUUUUUUUUGUUUAUUUAUUUUUAGUCCCUGUCUGUUCUUUGCUAUGUUUUAUAUGCUCGUUAAGUAUUUACCAUUUUCUUAUUUACUGUACAUAAUUAACAUAUUUGAUUGCUGUGCUCUCAUAAUCAUAAGUUGUUAUUUCUUUUUUACGUAAUUGUUUAAUAAUUUAAUUUAUUUAUUAUUAUUAUUUGCUUCACACAUAUAUAUUUUUUUUGAUGCCCAUUUUUAUGUUUACUAACUAAACUAAAAUAUGACCAAAUGCAAGGAACUAUAGGCAAACGGGAUACGGAUUCCAUUCGAAACCGAAUCACAUACAUACAUAUAUAUCCAUACAUAUACAUAUACAUAUUUACAUUUACAUUUACCUAGCUACUUAUCUACCCACAUAGACAUAUUUACAUACCCUAUACAUAUGCAAUGUUCCAAAGAACAAAAUGUAUGCAAAGUCUGUAGGAAAGUGAGUGAGUUGCGGAUACAUUUAACCGAUUAGAAACCAUAAUGAAUAGAUAUAUAUAUAUAUAUACAUAACAUAUACCCAGAAAUUGUAGAAAGUUUUUAAAUGCCAAUUACAUAUACUUAAACAAUAUUUGCGACACACAUAUUUCAUCCAAAGUUGUGUAUAUUUUGGACUUUGUUCUAUUCGAAGUGACUUUGGUAGCCAAUUAACUUAAACUAAACUAUCUUAAAUUACAAUAAAUAAAAACACAAGUUGUAGUGUCUAAUUUUGCCAUUUAGCGACAAAUCUUAGCCGAAAUCCUUAAUAGCCUCUUAAUCUAGUUACGAAAGCAUUCCAAGCUAAUAAUUAAAAACAAAAGAAAACAAAAAAAAAACGUGAGAAAAAUACUAACAAAAAACUAUCAAAAUAUAAACAAAAGUUAUAUUCUCUUGCUCUUUCCCUCACAUACACAUACUGUAUCUCUAUCUCGCUCUAGCUUGUAGCAAU